CUUCCCCGGGCGGGCUCGUUGCGCAGGCGCGGAGGACCGAAGACUUUGCAAGGCGCCGGAAACUUUAGCGGAAAGUUUACGGGGCGGCUCCCUUAGCUCCGUACCGCCGUCGCCCUCUCGGCAGCAGCCCGUUCCCGACAAAAAGACCAUGUCCAGCUCUUCCAGCGUCGUGGCCAUGAAAAAAGUGGUGCAGCAGUUGCGCCUGGAGGCCAGCGUCAGCCGCGUGAAGGUUUCACAAGCUGCAACUGACUUAAAGCAGUUUUGUCUCCAAAAUGCACACCAUGAUCCCUUAUUAACAGGAGUUUCUUCAAGUACAAAUCCAUUUAGACCUCCCAAAGUUUGUUCCUUUCUCUAACUUGGUGUCUUUCAUUAUCUUCAAAUACCUUUUCAUAUUUGAAUGUAUGAUGAAAGCAGAGUGGAUUGAAACCUGCACAGGAAUAUCAUCUUAAUGUGCCACCUUAGUGCUAGUAAUACUGUUAAUGUUGUCAAGCCUACUACAAUCUACCUCUAUGAACAAACUGUAUGUUAAUUAGAAUAACUUCUGUAUCAUGAGGGAAUCAGUUUUAUACUUAGCAAUAAAGAGUUAACAAUUUUGAAUUUUAGUAGAAAA